CCCAGUGCGAGUGUUCUCCUUUUCCCGCCAUUUCCCCCUCUUCUCUCUGUUGGCCUCCUCCGUGGUUUGAUUUUCAGAAAUAGAGAAAUUAAGAAACCCUAAUACUCAGAAACCUAAGAGAAAACCCUCAAACACUCGGGAAAUUAUCGAAUCAUGGAAUUAUCGAAAGCAGCAGAGAAGGCUUUAAUUCUACUCAGAAGUAGGAUUUGUAACCCUAAUUUCGUUUUCUCCGCUUUAUCUGAUAAACCAGACAGUAACUACAGUAAAUUAAAAUUCCUACUCUCAAGCUCAGUCACUGAAUCCUGCAAUAACUCUGUCCUGCUUCUUGGUCCUCGAGGUUGUGGAAAAAUCCCUGUGUUAGAGCUUGUUCUACAAGAUUUACAGUCUGAGCAUCCUGAAACAGUUUCAGUGGUUAGAUUGAAUGGGAUAUUGCAUAGUGACGAUAAUUAUGCACUCAAGGAGAUUGCUAGACAACUUUGUUUGGAACAUGACUUGGAGUUCUCGAAAAUGGCCUCGUCUGAUGAUAACUCUCAGUUCAUGAUAGCCAUGCUGCAAAAGUGUGGACUAGAUCAUAGAACACUCAUCUUUGUACUUGAUGAGUUUGAUCUCUUUACUCAGGGAAAGCAAAGACUACUCUAUUGCUUGCUAGAUGCAAUGCAGUCUGUAAUGUCACAAGCUGUAGUUGUCGGUUCCAGUUGCCGCUUGGAUGCAGAUCAACUCCUAGAAAAGAGAGUAAGAUCGCGUUUUUCCCACAGGAAACUAUUGUUUCUUCCUCCCUCUAAAGAAGACAUACAGAUAUUGUUGGAGCACAUAUUGUCUUUGCCAGCAGAUUCAAAUUUUCCUCAUGAUUAUGUGGUUGAGUUCAAUGAGAAAAUUCGUUCCAUAUUAGGAGAUCAAAGGUGUAAAGCAAUUCUUACAAAACUAUCUGAUGCUGAUUCCAGUGUAAACAACUUGUUGAGCUUUCUAUUUCGAUCUAUUUGUAAUAUGGAUAUAAAAGAAUCAAGGUUUCUUUCAACAAAGAACUUUGAAACUGCGAGUAAGAGCAUCCAUCAGCAACCCAAGCGGGAAAGCCUACAAGAUUGUUCUAUUUUAGAGCACUAUAUUCUGGUAUGCAUGAAGAGACUGGAAACUAAAGAGCAGAACUCCUACAACUUCAAUUCUGUUAUGAAAGAGUACAAAGUCAUACAUGAUGCUUUUCCUAUUUAUGUUACUCAUUAUGAAAGAGAUAGAUGCUUAAUGGCCUUUGAACACCUUGAACAGCAUGGGUUAAUCUCCUUUGAAGAUGUCAGGGGACAGAAUCCGUCUGUUCAAUUUCGCUCAGUUAAGCUACUAGUCUCAUCCCAUCAGCUUCAGGAGAGCUUGAAUGCAAAUAGUUCCAGCAUUCCCGGGAAAAUUCGGACACUACUAAUGUCAUAAGAGGCAAAACGAGAAAGGGAUGUUAUCAACGAUGCUGGAUGCAUUCUCAUCAAUAAUGCUGCAUGUUAACACCCUGCUGGAGGACUAGGAAGCAUUUACCAUUUUUGUCAUUGGCUGGAAUAGAUAGCUUCAAGCGUGUGGCAACUGUACCUGGGAGGCUGUAAGCAGAGUUCCAAGCUCAUCCAAUUGCCAUUUAAAUGCUCCUGAUUAAUUAAUCAAACAAUAUAUAAACCUUAGUCCUCAAAAAAUUACCUAUGUUUAUGCAAGCGUGUCACAAAAAAUUACUUCUGCAAGUCGUAUCAUCAAAAAGUUAACUUUGUUUUGG